GAUAUGUGAGGAAUAGUUGACAGCGCACGUCGGAGUCUUUACGCAAAACAGCUACAAUGUAAUGGACUUUUAAUUUCAAAACUAAUUUAAAAGAGUUGACAAGCCGGUGCAGCAACAACAUAUUACAUUAAACUAACCAUUGAUGGUGUCCUUUGAUAAAUAUUGUUCCUGCCAAGCUUAACGUUACGGACAUCAACAAUCUUGCGCGAACCUAGUAGCUGUAAAGCUAGCUAUCUAGUCAGUUAACGUUAGCUUCUUAGCUAACAACACUCCCCUAGUCGCCGGCUAUUUUUAGUGCAAUUAGGCAGCUAUUUCCAGACCAAGGCGCCACUCUCUUACGACCUGUUAAGUAAUUAUUGUCUCCCAUGAUCUCGUUAAGUUAGCUAAUCAUUUGUACAAAAUGUCAACGACAUCGUUGGAUAAGGAAUUGCAAGAGCGCUUGAGAGAGGCGUCUGCGAUUGGAGACAUCGACGAGGUGCGGAUUUUAGUGGAAAGCGGAGUAAAUGUCAACUCUCAAAACGAAAUAAACGGGUGGACAUGUUUGCAUUGGGCAUGCAAGAGAAACCACAAACCGGUUGUGUCGUACCUGCUGAACUCUGGCGCUGACCAAGAGAUCCUCACUGCUAAAGAUGAGCUGGCUGUCCAGCUGACCUCUAAGCCUGAAAUCAGAAGACUGUUAGGAGUUGAGGAGGAGGAAGUGCCUGAAAUCAAGGAGCCUGAGUUGCCAAUCAUCCCAAACUACCUGUCCAACCCGCCAUUCAUGUACAGUAAGAUGGACAACAAGGCUGAGCUCAUAUUGGCACAGUUGACCCAAAAUGGAAAUGGAGACCACUCAUCAGAUGACCCACACAGCGACUCAGCUUCCCUGUCGCCCACCCACGAGCAACAGCUGCCUCAGCAACCGCAGAGCCUACUCUCUGACACCCCGAGCCAGAGAGAGGGGGCCUUCAUUCCAUUGGCGCAGCAGAACGGAGUGUUGCCGAGCCCCGCCUCGUCUCUCACCGUCAACGGAGGCCUGCCUAUGGACCUCUCCAUGGAGCCCCACCUGGUCAACCAUGGGGAGUACCCACACUCGGUGGCCCAUAAUGGGCCUGUGUGCUCUCCUCCCCUGCCCUCCCCCAGCCCCAGCACCACCAGCAGUAGCAGCCAAGCCCAGAUGGCUAACGCUAACCCAUCUAUGACCCGGCAGCAGUCCCUCCCUCAGCAGCUCAACUGUGGCCAGGGUGCUGGGGGUAACAUGCCUGCCUUCCAGCCUUUCUUCUUUACCAGUACAUUCCCUGUCAAUGUGCAAGAGCUGGUCCUAAAGGUGCGCAUCCAGAACCCCAACGCCCGGGAGAACGACUUCAUCGAGGUGGAGCUGGACAGACAGGAGCUGACCUACCGCUCGCUGCUCCGUGUGUGCUGCCGCGAGCUGGAUAUCAGCGCCGAACACGUGGAGAAGAUCCGCAAGCUGCCCAACACCAUGCUACGAAAGGACAAAGACGUGGCUCGGCUGCAGGACUUCCAGGAGUUAGAGGUGGUGCUGGAGAAGGCUGAGGGCCUGGCACUCCUCUCUGGGGCGGGAGGCCUCACCGACAGACCCUGCUACAACAUGAAGGCCUCCAGACUCACCUACUAGAGACCCUGACAGACACCCUGACAGACACCCUGACAGACACCCAGACAGACACCCUGACAGACACCGAUGUCCAUGUGGACCCUACUAGCUCUCUAUUGGCCGUAAUAGCCACUAUCGUUAUUAGUCAAUUUCAUUGCAUUAUGAUCCGGUGUCGUUCAGGCAGCGUUAUUGGGGUUUGUUUAAAAAUCCUGUUGUGUUAGCUAGGUAACGUGGUCGCCCUGCCUGUCCUUGCCUUGCUCCCUGCCAGUCUGUCCCCAUGCAGCGCUCGCUAACCGAUUUACUCAUGCAUCAUGUCCUCAGUUAUAUACUGAAGAAUUUGGGCCUCCUUCCCUCUCUCUCCCCUCUUCUCUUCCCUCUGUCCCACUCUCUCUCCUCCCUCUCUAGUUUGUGUUGUCGGGCUAGUGGAACAUUGGCGUUGAGGGACAGUGACAGUCUUCCUAGAUGGCUUAACUUAUGUACUGUACCCCUUUGUACUGGGCAUUAGUCAUACGUGUACUGUGGACUUGGCUCCUGGAUGAUGGGGGGGGUGAGAAGAGUAGAGGCCAUUUGAACAGCUCUUCUGAUAUAGAGACAUGGCUCUUAGUCCAACAUGGGUGUCUUAGUACAAUGUUGCAACACAGCUGACUUGCACACAGCAACAUGCAGUACUGCCGCUUGCUUAGUGGACAUAACAGGUGGCUGCCGGAGUUCCAACUGGCAUUCACACACAUGCUGCAGACUACACACACACACACACACACACACUCAGUCAUACUCCCACACUUCAGUGAUAUUUCCAGUUUUUCUUUCAGUGGUUGCCCAUGUUAUCACACUACCCUGUUUAUUUGUUCUUAGGUGGAUGCCUGAUGGAGCUAUUAACAGAGAUGUUGCUUUGUGCUACUGAGGUUUGAUCAUCUAAGAGGGAGUGGGUGUGAGUGUCUCUUGCCAAUUGAGAAGUUUUUGUUAGUUUCGUAGAACUGUUUGUUAUGUGCUUAGUAAGCAAACAGAUGCUUGAAGUUUCAUGCGUAUUGUUAAGCCAGUGGGUCUGUUUCUUAAAGAAGUCUCUUCGUCAGUUGGAAGAUAGCAGCCUUCUAACAGAUGCUAUGGUUAGCUAGCUCCACAGACAACGUCUGGAUUUCAAACACCCAAUCUGGAAAAAUGAUUCAUUGCUUCUGCUCUAUGAAUUUAGUUUUAUUGUACAACGUUUACUUGCUGAAACAAAACUCCUUUAGAUGAACAUGUAUUUGGUGCAGGGGCAAUAUUUAAGUGCUCUACAGUUUGGUUGAAUGUUUGUGUGUGAGGGGUUCUUUUCAAUGUAAAAGUUAUUGGGUAUAAUAUUCAACUGACACUUUUAGCUGUGAAUGAAUUGAAUGGUAGGCCGUUCCUAUAGAGUUCAGGUAUUAUUGAUUUAAGCAGAAUCCGCUAGGUUCACUUUAGGGGAAGUAUAUUCCCAGCUCAAGUAGAGGUUCCCCUAAAAUGAGUAUGUUAAAACGUUUCUGGAUCGCUUCACUUGAGAUACUUCCAUUUACUGUGAUUAGAUCAAAACCAAAUACAAACCUAGCCAGAAAAAUUGUCUGAUUCUCCACAAUAGAUUAUCAAUCAUAAAUGUCCUAUUUUUUUAAAAUUACUGUAUGAAAUGUUUUUAGUUUUUUCGGAGCGAACUGAAUGACGUGGGCAAAGGACAGAUUGAGAGGAUUGUUUCCAUUUCAUACGUUUGACACAGCUGUUAUGUUUGAGUGCUUCCAUCACACGUUUCCCAGCAAUUCUCCCCAAGCUGUUGCUUCUAUCAUACAGUGCAUUUGUCAUAAUACACAUUCAUACUGCUCUGUGAGAACGUUUUAAACAUAUAACCUACAUUAACAUGUAAGCUAGCUAGAGAUCAAAUGUUACUUCUUGAGGGGUUCCCGGGUUUAACCUACUUACAUUUGACUUUUGUCAAGUUGUGGUGUUUGCUACUUAUUUGUUUGAGUAUAAAUGACGAUUUAUACAAAGAAUGCAAACGUUAGUAUUGAAGCUGAAUGAGUGCAUUGAUUGAAAAGAUUACUGCUUAAAAUGCUUUUUGACAAACACAUUUGCUCAUAGAGGAAGACUAAGACCCUAACAUGUCCUAUCAGUUCUUUAUGCUGGUUAACAUUACAUUCAGUUCAACGGUAGUCAGUGACCCACUACAGAAGUUUAUAAACAAUCAGCAGUCAGUUACUAACAAAGCCGUUAAUUGUUUACCGUUCAAAUGUAUACCUUAAGCUCUGACUGUCUUAGUAUGUUUUAAUGAUUAUAUAUUUUUAUUAAUUUGUCAUUUCCUUUUUUAACGAGAAAUGUCUUUAGUUUGUAUCGAUGCCUACAAGUAUGGAAAGUGUUUAUCAAUGGGGGUGAAAGUGAAGGUAGGUUGCAGCUAGGAUGAAACCAAGUGUAAAGCCACAGUAUCUACUGUGUUGAAUGAGUUGAGUGUAAAUGUUGAAGAAAUACAAGACUAACUUGAACAUGUCAAAUGGACUCUCCAGAGAAUGUUGUAUUCCUAACUUGUGCCACGAGACUGAGAGGUACCUGGUUGAAGAAGCUGAAUGAUGUUUGAAACGCCUACGGCCAUUUCGUGCCCGGUGAAAGAGCACCAGUGUUCUAGAAUGUUCCAGAAUGAAUACUAGUUCUGUGCAAAUGGAUGACUAACAUUGUACUGAUUGAUUGCUCAUGUUCUAGAGGAAGAAUACAGUAACUUAACCUAUGCAUUCAGAGUCUGAUAUUUUUAUAUGUCCUGUGUACAUUUGAUAAAUUGCUUUAUAGGCACUGUUUAACUUGUGUUUGAUUGUGAAGACCUGCACCUGUUCUUUGAUAAAGCAUGGUGGAUAACUUGA